GAAAGUUUCUAAAAUACAUUAACAAGUACCUAUAUGUUCAUGUUUCACUUGUUCUUUAUAUAAGAUUCAUUUACCUUUUUGGAUCCCUCAUUUAUAAUCAUCAAGUCAGUGAAACCUAUAUAUAGCACUUGAGAGAUGAUGGGUAAGCAAAAGUUCUUUCUCUCUGUAUAUGUAGCAUUGGAAAUUGUAGCUGCAGCACUUGGAAGAACGAACUUUCCUAUCAUGAGUGGACAAGUGCUAAGGAAGGCGGAAUCAGAUGUAUCUGUUGAAAUUAAUAAAAUUGAAAAAGACUUUGAGAACAUUAGCACAAUUGAUGAAGUACUUAUGCAAGCACAAUGCAAAUGCUGUGGCCUUCGAGAGGAAUGUACUCGAGAUUACAUUGAAAGAAUUAAAGAAUCAUAUGCAGGAAAAUGGGUGUGUGGCCUUUGUUCUGAGGCUGUAAAAGAAGGACUAAAACGGGGAUCACCAGUAGCCAUUGAAGAAGCUGUGAGUUCACAUAGAAAGUUCUGCCAAGAGUUCAAUAGUUCUACAAGACUCAACCCAAAGCUCUCUUUCACAAUGGCCAUGAGAAGCAUUGCAAGGAGAAGUCAUGAAAAUAAGGAGAAGAAGCAAUAUCCUACGUCCAAGAUUUCAAGAAGUUCUAGUUGUGCUCCCAGAAUUGACCUUACAAUGAAACAAUCUUGAACUUGUUUGACUUAGAGAUAAAUUUCGGUAAGAAAAUGACAUAUUGACAUGGUUAUUUUUCAUUGCUCAUGUUUUACUACUAUAUUUAAACAUUGAAUCUAUGAUUUGCUUAGCAGCAACCAGUAGCUACUCUCUAGGUGCAUAAAUUGUAAUUAUCUCGAAGACCUUGUUAACAAUGUUGUGGCUACUUAUGGUUA